GUGCGUGCGUGCGUCCGCUGUGCGUGCGUAACCCGCCGUCGAAUAGAAGAAGAGGAAUCAUCAGCCACUUCCGCCCUUUUUGCGCCAAGGGGUGUGAAUAAAAGAUACAAAGAUAGAUACCGUGUGGGGUUGGGCCUCUGCCCCGCUGCGUCUUGCGGCCAACAGGAUGGGAGACGUACUGAUAUCGGAUCGUCCACCGUCGCCGGCGAGUAGACUGUCACACACCUCGGAAAAGCAUCCUCGGGUGACCCUGCAGGAGCUCAACGUGCUCCGGCGCCACCGCGAGCUGUGCGAUGUCGUGAUUAAUGUGAGCGGCCGAAAGAUAUUCGCCCACCGUGUGAUCCUGUCCGCCUGCAGCCCCUACUUCCGGGCCAUGUUCACGGGCGAGCUGGAAGAAUCGCGCCAAACAGAAGUCACCAUCCGGGACAUCGACGAGAACGCCAUGGAACUCCUGAUCGAUUUCUGCUACACUUCGCACAUCGUCGUCGAGGAAUCGAACGUUCAGACCCUGCUGCCCGCCGCUUGUCUGCUUCAAUUGGCCGAAAUACAAGACAUUUGCUGUGAGUUCCUGAAGCGCCAGCUCGAUCCGACCAACUGUCUCGGGAUCAGGGCGUUCGCCGACACACACUCGUGCCGCGAGUUGCUGCGCAUCGCGGACAAGUUCACGCAACACAACUUCCAGGAGGUGAUGGAAAGCGAAGAGUUUCUCCUGCUGCCGGUCGGCCAGCUGGUGGACAUAAUCUGCAGCGACGAGCUAAACGUGCGCUCCGAGGAGCAGGUUUUCAAUGCCGUGAUGGCGUGGCUCAAAUAUAAUGUGGCCGAACGGCGCCAGCAUCUGGCGCAAGUGCUACAGCACGUGCGGAUGCCGUUGCUGAGUCCCAAGUUUCUCGUCGGCACGGUCGGGUCCGAUUUGCUCGUCCGCUCGGACGAAGCCUGCCGCGAUCUGGUGGAUGAGGCGAAGAACUAUCUGCUACUGCCACAGGAGCGACCGCUGAUGCAGGGACCGAGGACCCGGCCCCGAAAGCCGACCCGCCGCGGUGAGGUUCUGUUCGCCGUGGGGGGCUGGUGUUCGGGCGAUGCGAUUGCCUCGGUCGAACGGUUCGAUCCGGAGACGGCGGAUUGGAAGAUGGUCGCUCCGAUGAGUAAACGGCGCUGCGGAGUCGGAGUGGCCGUGUUGAACGAUUUACUGUACGCCGUAGGUGGGCACGAUGGGCAGAGCUAUCUGAACAGCAUCGAACGGUACGAUCCGCAGACGAAUCAGUGGUCUUGUGAUGUGGCCCCCACCACCAGCUGUCGCACCAGUGUCGGGGUGGCCGUGCUGGAUGGCUUUCUGUACGCCGUCGGGGGACAGGAUGGGGUGCAGUGUUUAAACCACGUCGAACGGUACGAUCCGAAGGAGAACAAAUGGUCAAAGGUGGCGCCGAUGACGACACGACGGCUUGGGGUGGCCGUUGCCGUGCUCGGUGGCUACCUUUACGCGAUCGGUGGCUCCGACGGUCAGUGUCCGCUGAAUACCGUCGAGCGGUACGACCCGCGGCAAAACAAGUGGUGCGCCGUCAGUCCGAUGUCGACCCGCAGGAAACAUUUGGGGUGCGCCGUGUUCAACAACUUCAUUUACGCCGUCGGCGGUCGGGACGACUGUAUGGAGCUGUCGUCGGCCGAACGCUACAAUCCGCACACCAACUCCUGGAGCCCGAUCGUGGCCAUGACGUCCAGACGAAGCGGAGUUGGACUAGCGGUCGUAAACGGACAGCUUUACGCAGUUGGAGGUUUCGAUGGCACCGCCUACUUGAAGACGAUCGAGGUGUACGAUCCGGAAACGAAUCAGUGGCGGCUGUGCGGCUGCAUGAACUACCGACGGCUCGGCGGUGGGGUUGGCGUGAUGCGGGCACCACAGACAGAGAACUACAUGUGGAUUCGCAAAGAUUCUGUUGUUUAACAUUCACACAAACACACUCGACUAGUUUGCGUUCGAUCGCUAUCGGACGGGGUGCCGAAGUGAAAAAGGUGAGCCGAAAGCUAUCACUCCGGUGGACCUCGUGAGCCCCCAGUAGUGACUCCCGUGUGGCCGUUACUCGAAAGCAAAAGAAACCAAAAGUUAAAACACGAAUACGGUGAAGUAUUCCACUAGGACGAGAUUUAGUGAUUCUCUCUCUGCUGUCCUUGUCUAGGGCAGGUCUAAGGUCUAAAGAAAGUGACAGUGUUAGGGAUUACGCGCGUCCUUCACUGAAAGUACAACUGAACCGUAUCAGUUUUGCUGUGUAUAAAAUAAUCCAAAGUAAUUCAACCACAACAAUAUACACACUGAUCAGUGGUGUACGAAAGGCACGUCCCGUUUACAGGGGCACGGGAUGGCCAGCGCGUUCCCGAAUCAAUCCUUGAAUACUACAUCCGCAUCCGUGUAAUAAUAGGAAUAGCGCGCGUUCUGUCGAACGGUAGAUAAGAAUGAAGCAAUUUAAUUAACAAUCAACUAGUUGAGCACGUCAAGUCGAACAAAAGGGGGACCCAGAAAUCAUAUUCUUUUAGAUUGUUUUCCCCUGCAUCCGCCUCACCCCGUACGCAGCUACAAAUCUCGCCUUUGCUUUCCACUGCACGCUAACCAGCAAUGAUUUGUGGUUUGUUAUUGCUUAACUUUUAAAUAAACCGUUCCGUGGCCAAACUUUCCCAUUUUUCUCUGCUAACAAUGCUUCCAUGCUACGGGAGUGGACGGUGCAGGUGGUGAAUGUUUAUUUGUCCCCGUUGUGUUUAGAUUACAUUCAUCCACCACAAACGCACACGUUUUGUUCCGUUUGCCUUCCGUUGGUUUCUUUUUUAACCUCACUCACCCAGUCGCCUUUCUCAGUCUCUAUCCCUGUGCAGGCUUAAAUUAAAACUGACCACCACACUAGCUGGGCUAGCAGACUCACAGGAGGGAAUAAAUGGAACCGAUUGGCGGGUGACCGAGCGCUGGUUGACUGCGGCUGCAGCAGCGUACUAUUUCACGUGUUGAUGUUAAUAAGACAAUUUUGUAGAUGAAGAAGAAAAAGAACAUUAACCCCGAUUUCGUCCGCCCGACUUCAUGAUUCGUGGAUUCGAGAAAACUAUAGUAAAUCAGCAAACGAUGGUGGUCUACCCACGGGGGUGAACCGAUCCGUGGCCGGUAAGAAGCGAUCACUUGUCAUGUAGAUAUUUAGACUAUUUAUCGAGCGCCAGUAAGCCGCGGCAGCAUCAAUCGAAUAAUCGUGCUUACGAAGUAACGUUCGAGAAUGUAACACAAAGAAAGCUAACCUUCCAACCUUUUUUUGGGUGGCAGCUUGUUUGUGGAAUAGAUAUUUAGCAUCCAUAAGGCUUAGGGGUGAAUGUGUGAUCUGGAAGGGCGUUAGUAUUAUCGGUUCGGAUAGGCGGCGCGGAAGGGUCUUUGCGAGAUACGAAAUGCAAAAGGCAACAAGUUCUUUUUUAUUACUGUCGGCUUACUCUCCCCCGGUGACCUGAGUAACAAACGUUUUUUUUACAAUUCUUGUUACUAAAGUGAUCUUUGAGUUGCGCUUUUUGUCUGGUCGCUUUAUAUACGGUACCGCGCGAAGGAACUGGAGUUUUUAUCAUAAGAAUCGCCGGCACCUUUCGUUAAGUGGUCGCUUUAGAGUAGGGCUUUCAUGAUUACGAUGCGUUAUCGAUUGUGUCACUCACUCAUCUCGUUAUAGGAAAGUGCACUUUACCGCGUGGCUGCGUACCACGUGUCGCGUAGCAUAAACCUCUUCACGAUACACCCCUGUCCAAAUAUGAGCGUUUUUGGCUUUGCUUUCGUCCCGUUUCGCACCAUUUUCCCAACAGUGACCUAAUUUAUUGGAACGAAAAGAUGGCGAUGGCAAGAGGAUCGCCAACGGUGCGGGAUUAGUGGAGCAUAAUAUUAACUGUUAUUACUGAACUUCUGUAUGACAACGAGAUGUGAUGGAUUAAUG